AUGACAGGACGCAUUUGGAAGAGGCCAGAAUUUGUUGUUGGAGAAAUCGAAGAAGACAUAAACUUGUCAUUACCGCCUGCUGACGGAGAAGAAUACAUAAAAAGAGUUGUGCUUGAGGCUAGGCAGUAUGAUGACGUUUUGAUUGCAAAAGUUGAUAAUGCGAGGCUGAGAAAACCCAUAUCGAAUGUUAAACCACUAAUUACCACUGAGUGUGAAAAAGCACCGGAAUCUGUGAGUCCAACACUAGAAUGGCAGCAAAGUCAGAUUGCAGAUUUUUCAAGCAUAAGACUUUACAUUAUGCAGUUUAAAAAUCAAACUGAUAAAAACAAAGACAAAUGGAACGAAAUAAAUAAACUAAAAACAAAUGGAGAAAAUCGGAAAAGUUGGAUGGAUAUGUGUACGAUUUCGGAUGAAAAGCAUGAACCCAAUCUUACAGUAAUUUUAUCAUUGAAACAGCCAACAAUAGAGCGAGUUUUGAAGUAUCUCACUGAAUUUUUAGAAAGUCAAGCAUCUAUUUCGCUUCACUUAGGUAGAUGGUUGUAUGCACUUCUAGCUGCCUUGGAAUUACCACUGAAUCCAGAUAUGUGUUCAUGUUUGAGGACUUUGGCAAGGAUAUGUUCAGUGAUAAGAUCUCGCUUGGAUUCUUUAAAUGAAAAGGAUGCCAUGCCGCUAAAUUUAUUCAUCUGCCUAGUUGCUAGAUAUUUCAGACAAUUAGACUUAGCAGAUUCAUAAUUAUUAUUGUCUGUUAAAA